AUGCGCGAAAAAGUGCAUCUGUCAACAACGAACAUUAUUGAAACAAACGGAAAAAUGGUCAGUGCUAAGACAGGCAAGGAAACCGGCAAACUAAAAGCGAAAGUAGUAUCCCGAUCUUCCCGGUCCGGACUUCAGUUUCCAGUAGGACGAAUCCAUCGCCAUCUGAAGAAUGCUUCCACCAGCUAUGGACGCGUCGGAGCAACCUCCGCCGUGUAUACGGCCGCCAUCCUGGAGUAUCUAUCCGCUGAAGUUCUAGAGCUGGCCGGUAACGCGUGCAAAGAUCUGCGGGUAAAAAGAAUCACACCACGGCACCUGCAGCUGGCAAUCCGAGGGGACGAAGAGCUGGACUGCUUGAUAAAGGCAACCAUCGCCGGAGGGGGCGUCAUUCCGCACAUCAACAAGGCCCUGCUAGCGAAAAGAGAUACUCUAAUUGGCAACGAUCAUUAA